AUGGUGCCCCCUGGGGGCGCGAGCCCCGCACAGGUUGCAGGCGAGGGCCGCGGCGAGGGCGCUGCUUCCCCGUCGUCCGCGGAAACGUCCGUGGCUGCGCACAGCUCUCUGAACAACUCGUAUUUGUCUUCUGGUCUCGCCUCUAAAGAAGCCGCGUCGUCGCCAGACGCCACGGCGGAAGGGCCCUCGGCGGCCGCCUCGUCGGCGGAUGCCUCCGCUUCUGCGGCGCGCGCCGCGACGCCCUCUUCGUCUUAUUCACCGACUGCCUCAGCCUCUUCUCGCUCGAAACCGGCAGGAGGCGCGGAUGCAACCCGCGAGCAGGCAGCGUCGGCGGCUGCGCAGCAGUCGCCUGCUGGAGGGCUAGACGAGGCCGACGCGCCCCGGGCGGCCUCAAAAGACUCCCAAGGCUUCCCAGUCCCCGAUCCCCUGCGCCUCGUGGGCUCUGCGGCUGCGCCCGCCGGCGUGCAGCUCUCCUCGGGGGGGGCAAGCCGAAGUCCGCCGAGGACGCGGCCGGCGCCGCUGCUCGGCCUCGCUGCAGCUCCUCCCCGUCCUCUGCGCGCGGGGACUCUUCGCCCAGGCCUGCUGCGUUCGGGAGCGGCUCCGCGACCGUCUCUCCGGCGAACGCCUCGUCGGCGUCCACGUCCGGCGCCGUCCCCCCGGGCGUGGCCUCGGUGCCGGCGGCGGUCGCGGCCCCAACCCCAAACAGUCUUUUGGAGAACUUCACGGCCGUGGCUUCGUCGGGGGCCCUGA